CUUCGCGGCCAAGGGUGGGAGGGAGGUGAGCGAGGGAGCUCGAAAGCUCCGCUCUCCUGUCGCAGUUCAAUAGACCAAGUGCGCUUGCGCGGCGAGGACCCGAGGCAGGCGGGGCCGCAUGUUUGGAGCGGCUCACUAUUUGGCAGGAAGAUGCAGAGGCCUCUCUCCUGGUAGCGGCACCAGCGCAAGCAGAGGAGAGCUCCCGAUGUGGCAAGAGAGAGGAGGGCUAAAUAGCAGCAGCGGCGGAGAAGGAGGGGGCCAAGGGAGACAAGGGGAGCCGCCGCAGCAACCGCCGCCGAGGAGCUGAGAGGCCUGGCCGGGCGAGCGGCGGUGGCCACGCUUCUGCAGCACUGGCACCCCCGCCGACGCCACCCCCCCGCCGGGCCCCUCACGCCCGCCCGGGUGGAGGCGGAGGCGGCGGAAGAAACGGCGAAGGAGCCGCGGGCAGCAGAAGAGAAACUGGUGGUGCCAGAGAAGUCCAUAUAGGGGAAAAACAGCCCACAAAAAAACUCAUCCAUCACAUCAAAAAACUCUACAGAUGCACAGAUUGUUGUAACUGAAGGCAGAUCUGCUCAGUUUGGGGGAGAACAACAAUUCUGAUUUGACAUCUGUACUAUUGCAUCUAUUAUUCCAAGACUGGGAAACUUCACAACGGCUACUAGAACUGGAUUUUCACCCUAGUUCAGCAGCUUUGCUGCUCACUUAAAUACAGAUGAAUGAAGACCCCAUUUGGGAAGGCACCAGGUCAGCGAUCCAGAGCUGAUGCAGGGCAUGCAGGUGUGUCUGCCAGCAUGAUGAAGAAGAGAGCUUCCCACAAAAAGCAUCGAAACAACGUGGGACCAAGCAAACCCAUUUCUCAACCCAGAAGAAACAUUGUAGGCUGCAGAAUACAGCAUGGAUGGAAGGAAGGAAGUGGACCUGUGACACAGUGGAAAGGCACAGUCCUAGACCAGGUUCCUGUAAAUCCCUCUCUCUAUCUUAUUAAAUAUGAUGGAUUUGAUUGUGUGUAUGGACUAGAACUGCACAAAGAUGAGAGAGUUUCAGCACUUGAAGUCCUUCCAGAUAGAGUUGCUUCGUCUCGAAUUAGUGAUGCCCACCUGGCAGACACAAUGAUUGGCAAAGCAGUGGAACAUAUGUUUGAAACAGAAGAUGGCUCAAAAGAUGAAUGGAGGGGAAUGGUCUUGGCUCGAGCACCUAUAAUGAACACAUGGUUUUAUAUAACAUAUGAGAAGGAUCCUGUCUUGUACAUGUACCAGCUCUUAGAUGACUAUAAAGAAGGUGAUCUCCGUAUUAUGCCUGAUUCCAAUGAUUCACCUCCAGCAGAGCGGGAACCUGGCGAAGUUGUGGACAGCCUAGUGGGGAAACAAGUGGAAUAUGCCAAAGAAGAUGGCUCAAAAAGGACUGGCAUGGUCAUUCAUCAAGUGGAAGCCAAACCCUCCGUCUGUUUCAUCAAGUUUGAUGAUGAUUUCCAUAUUUAUGUCUAUGAUUUGGUUAAGACAUCCUAGACACCACCAUGCGAACUUUUGCCAAACUUGUGGAACUUCAUGUAAAAUUUGUAGACUCAAAGACUUUACUGCUUUCCAGUUUAUUUGAAAGCUUAAAUGUCCCUGCGAGCCCACAAUCUCUGCCAGGAAAACGAUUCCAUUGUGAACUAUACAAAUAGACUUUUAUGUGAACAUGACACAUUUUGUGUAGGGGAACUCCUUUUCUUGAAGGAAGUCUUCUAUGUUGGGGCGGUAUGUGGAUGAAUUUAGAGAAAACAGCAGCUGCAAAUUCAAGCUGUAUAAAUGGAUCUAGCAAUGUCAUCAUUAAUUGAUUUUUUCCCCAAUUAUAACUUUCCCUCAGCUUCUCACUUAACUGUUCAACUGCCACAUACAAGUUUAGCUUGGUAUUAUAUUGCUUUCAUGUAUGUAACAUUAAGUUUUCUUGUCUGGCAGUCCUUGUUCCAGGGUUUGGGCAGAAAUGAUUAUGAAAUGUUUUAAGCAGUGUUAAGGACUGCCUAACCCAAUUAACAUCAGUGUACUGUGUUCAGAUUAGUUGUGAAGCUACUAUUAUGUGAGUAUUUUUUAUAUUUUAAUUGCAGGAAAAUCGAACAUAACAUACAGGUAACAUAGUUGAUGAGAAAAAAAACAGAUUAAGACCCAUAUUUGCACCUACAUGACCUGGCCAGGGAAUGAAAAACAAGGAUGCCUUCAGUUCUCAAUGUCCUAUGGAUUUUUGUUUCUUUUAGCAGACCCCUUGUUCUCGGUGCCAUAGCAGUCUAGUCAUUCAUGUUAACAUCAAAAGAAUACGGCACAGCAACUACUGGAUGUCUCAGUACCAAAACUGGCAACCUAAAUAUUUGUGCAUGGACAGAACUGUUACAUGUAAAGAGAAACCUCAUGAAAGAACAGUACUGAGACAUUAAAAGCUUGCAUUUGCAGAGGAGGAAAAUCAUUGGUUGCCUUCUGUUUUGAUCUGCUGCAGUCCUUCUCCUUUUAUUAUGUUUGGUCAAAGAAGGCAUUUAUUUUCCCCAACCUUUCUCCUUGGGAGUACAUUGAGACAAGACACAACUCAGAACUUGUUGUCGCCUUUCGUGUUGUACAUUGUAUUUGCUUGAGGUAUACGGUUUAAUGUGAACGUCAUUAAAAGAACACUAGGGUUCUGCAUGCGAAACGUGUACUAUCUAACGAACGCUAGGCAGUCUCCAUGGUUCAGUCAUAUGCAGCAGAUUGUGGAUGUAAAUAAGCAGCCCGUAGCCACAAAAUUCACUCUUGUUUUUAUUUCUUUUCUAUUUUUUUAAAAGAGGUUGUAGUUUGGUGUGUGGCAGCUUUUUAAAGUAAUCUGUGGAAAACUAUUAGAACAGCAGCAAAGCUGAGAAAGGGCACUGCAGUUAUUAAAGGACUGCUUUGCUUACAUACAUAAGAGCCAAACACCAAUGUUUAUACAUAACUUAGAGCAUUUUUUUAAAAAGCAUUGCUGAUGAGCUUUCUGAAGACCAGAUUACCUCUGGUAUUUAGUAUACAUAUUAAACUCCAUGUGGUUUAAACCCUUCUUUUUGCCUGAAUUCAUAUUGCAGCCUUAAGGCUUGUGCCUCAUUAUGCUCUUUAAUAGUAAUAAAUGCUUACCAUACAAAUGCAGUAUCUUAAAAUCUGUCGUCCAUUGCUACUGUUGCAUUACGUCCAGUACUUCAUCACAGGCAACCAAAGGCAGGCUAUUGUGUUUUCCACAAGGAGCUUCUCCAAUGCAGUCCUUAAAGCCCUAAGUACCUGAGUCAUAAAUGUUCCUGUGUUCUUGAACAAAGUGAGCAGAUUUGCAACCCAGUGUUUCUCAUCCUGCAGAUCUGUAUGUUUUCUAUUGACUCUUUAGAGUCCUGCAUGUAAAUCUCAAAGCUGAGCCUGGCUCCAUGAGCCCGAGUUGGUAUUUGUGGCACAAGAAUGAAUGAGUGUAUUUGAACAUACACAAGAUACACACAUUAAACAUAGUACUCUGAAAACUGUGGGUUACAUAAGUGAAUCUAAGGUAUGUCUCAAGAUAUUUGCUGAGGAUUAAGUAGACUGAAAAUGUUGCAGUCAAAGAGCUUGCAAUGGGGGGAGGGGUGUUCUGCGAGUCUCUUGAUACACCACAUUCUGCCAGUUUAGAGUAUUCUAUAUUCUGUAUAAAUUUUAUGGUUUUUUAAGUGUCCACAUUGUCUGCUUUUUUGAUAGCGUAGGCCACUUUUUGCUUUUGUUUUUGGAGGCUUGAGACUAAUUCUACUCCCUGCCCAUCUGCUUUUGGGCUUUCUUUUAGGCUCAUGUUUCAGAUCUGCAUGCAGUGCUUGUUACCCUAGUAACUAAAUGUUGGUUCCUUGUUCUGGGGGUUCAACAUGGCUUUCCAAGUUAUGGGGCUUGUGGUGGCACAAGCUAUGGAUCUGUGUAUAAAAGUUACUGGCCUUUCUCCAUUUACCUGAUGUAGUAUUGUAUAUUGUGUGUUUUGCGUGAUGUCAGGCUGCCCUGUACAAUUUUAAACAAACUUAAAUGCAGACCAUCCCUUUUUUGCAUGCUUAGAAGGUAGAAUGUUCAGUGUAACAAACAAAAGUUGCAUGUUAAAAAAAAUGUUUAGGUUCUUAGUUUUUUUUAUUUUGUGUUUUUUGUGAAUUUGCUUAUUGUGCUGUUUUAAUGGUGGUUAGUAGGAUUAAAUGCACUGGUGAGGCAAACAUAGUGCCAACAGGAGGUAACUUUCCAGUUGUAUGUGUCAUGCAGCGUUUGAAGGGACCAUGUACUCUGCUCAAAGUGAAAUAAAAUCAUUUGAAUUCAA